GUUUGCGCUUUCUCGGGGAUGAAUGGGAGAUUUCAGGGAUGUUUUGGUUACGUUUUGGUGUUUAAGACUCAUUUGGUAUGUCAUGGUAUUGCUAAGGUCCGGUAUCUCCAUUAAUUUUGGGUUUAGUUUGGAGUGUCUUAUGGAUAGGAGGAAUGACCAGCAGGUACAUUGUUUCCUUUCUAUUGUAUUGUACCUACUAUAUUGCUCUGCAUUGGUUAUUCUCUUCCUUGCAUCUUCAUUCUGCUUUCAUUCUGGCGCAGAAGGUAGGUAGGUUUUCUUUGGUUAACCCGGCCACAUGC